CUAAAGAGAAGAUGGCUUGCCGCUCCCGAUUCUCCUCUAGCGGCACCAGCUCAAUCUUUCUCCACGGGUAAGCAAGGACAAAGAGGGAGCCAAAAAGGGAAAUGGCGCCACUGCGGUCUCUCCGUGCCCGAGGUAGAGCCUUCUUCUUCCUCCUCCUUGUCAUCCGCGCUUCGUCCAGCAGCAGCCCUACUUCUUCUUCCUCCUCCCACUCACAAAUGGAGGAGGCGGUUUGGCACGCUCUCAGCCUCUUGCUCUUGCUCCUUGGCUGCGCAUGCGGCGCCCUGGCGAUCAGAUGGCACUCGCUGAUUUGCUGCUCCUCCUCCUCCGCCAAGAAAAUGCCCUGCUCCGCCAAAUUCGUAUUGCCGCUCAAGCCCAGCGACGCCGCCACCAAGGUGGCGGCGAACAUCACCGCCAAGGCCGAGUUGUCCAUGAUGGAGCAGCUUGUGCCCGAGAUCACUCACCACGUCCUGAGCUACCUGGAUUUCAAGAGCUUGUGCUGCAUGUCCAUGACCAAUGUGGCCAUGAGGAAGGCCGCCAACGACGAGAGCGCCUGGAAGUCCCUCUAUCACAAGGAUUGGAAUCCCGAGCAGCAAAACAUCGUCCCUCCGCACGGCUGGAAGGCCUACUACGCCGUAACCAAGGCCGUCGCGGAAGCCAACCGGGCUUUCUACAACAAGUUCAAGGCAAAGUCCCUGCGAGGGAUGGGGCAAAUUUGGCUCCACGCGGAUUACGUGAAGUGUAUCCAUCCUGGUGGUGAGCUUAUAUCAGGGUUUGAUGCGGUGAUGGAGAACUGGCGCUUGGUGUUCAACUGGAGCCAAAGGUACGAUUUCGAGCUCCAGGAUGUCAAAGUCCGUGUGAGUGGUGACAUGGCCUGGGUGACGAGCAAAGCUUUUGUAAAUGCGUCUGUGGAGCCUCUCUUGUCUACAAAUUGUUACGAGCGCCACGGCCAGCAGUGGUAUGUGGUGCAUCACCAUUGCUCCCCGCAGCUUGACUUUGCUUUCCCUGACUACGGUAUGUUUAGCUAGCUGAGGUGGUGCUAAGUAUUUUUCUCCCUCCCGUCACAAUGAAAGGUGUAUAUAUUGUGAGAUCCAGGCAGCCCAGAAAAAGAAGGAAAAAAAAAAAAAAAACAAGCCUUUUUUUCCCUCUCGUGUUUUCAGUCUGUCAUGCUAUUUUUUCAAUGCCAUGCUUUGCGAGAGUUUAGUUUCACUCUCGUCAUACGUCCUUGGUGAAACCAAAGCUACGAUGGAUGGUAAGGGAGCUCCUCCGUCUUCUUCUUACUUCCAGAAGCUGCGAUUGAAUUUAUCAAUUAUUUUGAUGAAUGGUAAGUGUUUUCCAGGACUUAUUUGAGAUCAUCACCAUGACGAGCUCCUUUUUGUACUGCCAUAAGUUGCGAUCUGAAUCGAUCAAUAGCUUCAGUGGAUGAAGCUGCGAUUGAAUCGAUCAAUAGCUUCAGUGGAUGAAGCUGCAAUUGAAUCGAUCAAUAGCUUUAGUGGAUGAAGCUGCGCGAUAGAUGCAAUACAAGCCGAUCCUCAAAUCUGGGAGUGGCUUUGCGAUUCCACCACCACCAGUGACGACGAGUCCUUACAAGACAGUUAAGGCCAGUAAGCAGCGAAUGCGUGAGUGCCAGAUUUAACAGAGCUUUGGCAUUGUUUUUACGAGGCCAUGCUGCUCACGCUGAUGGAAUGGAAAAUCCUAAAAACUCUUAUUCCAGGUAAGUAGUUGCUCUGUGCAAAAUGAAGGAGAUGCUUACAAAAGAGUUUGGCUUUUGGCACAUUUACUAGCCAUAACCCCAGCUUUGGCAAAUUUAUUAGCAAUAAAAUGACAAGCCUUUGGAAGCUCACAAGCAAAAUGCCAACUUUCCCAACCGGGCUACCCAACAACAGCGAGACAUUUGCAUAUUUGCGGUAAGAAAUUAAAACUGGUGACAAAGGGAUGAGAUCCUGCAACGCAGCCAGCCAGUGCUCAAAUGAUUCUCUUUGGUUUUUUUUCUUUAUCUUUUUUCUUCGAGGAAUUUCAAGUUUUUUUCCUCCAA